AUGGAAUUCUCCGACGAGAGGUCAUCGGAUGGCAAAGUUUGGGGCUUAUUCAAACUUCCAUUCCGGAAUCAGCACUCGACUAAGACGUCGUCUUCCUCUGGUUUUACUCAUUAUAAUCAGCAGCAACAGAGUUACAAUAAUCAUAAUAAUAUUGAUGAUAAUUCUCAGGUGGAAGGACCAAGGGCUCAUGGUUCCAGCUCGGUUUCUUCUGUUGCCAGAUCUCUGCUCCCGACUCGACGUCGUCUCAAGCUAGAUCCCGCUAGCAAGCUCUAUUUUCCUUGUAACAACUCUGUCUUCUGCAUCUCUUUUUAUGAAAUUUGA